AUGAAUCAUUCAAUCAAACAAUGGCCUGAACAAGAACGUCCACGUGAAAGAUUACUCUUACAAGGGGCGCACAGCUUAUCUGAUGCAGAAUUACUUGCGAUUUUUCUACGUUCAGGCUCAAAACAACACUCCGCUGUUGAAUUAGCACGCUUGCUCAUUCAACAUUUUGGUCAUUUAAAUGCUGUAUUUGAUUCGUCUUUAGACGAUUUAAAACAAUUUCAUGGCAUUGGUGAAAGCAAGUAUUCACAACUGAUGGCGGUGAAAGAACUGGGGCGACGUUACUUGAAACAUCAACUGAAUCAAGGUUUAGACUUGAGUCGUUCUGAUUUAAUCCGAGAUUAUUUACGUUAUGAAUUGAUCGGAGAAUCUCAAGAAGUCUUUGCUGUACUGUGUUUAGACAGCCAGUUACUCAAUUACUGCAAUAUUUCCAUCAAUCAAUUAUUACGAUAUGUCAUACAAAAACAUGCGACUUUUAUCGUUAUUGCCCAUAAUCACCCUAAAGGUUUUGCCAAGCCUUCACGUGAAGAUUACGAUUUAACUCAAGAAAUAUUAAAAGCCUGUCAACUGCUUGAAAUAGAAUUAUUGGAUCAUAUGAUCAUUGCUGCUGAGCAAAGCUACUCCUUUGCUGAACACGGACUCAUCAAACCCAAAACUUUCCCUACAAAUGUGAUUGACAAGCACCUUUGA